GAGAAGUGGUUUGGGUACCAGACCUUUAAGUUCAGAAGCAGACGACACUGCAGCAACCUCAACCAACAUGGGGCUGCACGCAAAUGAAAAAGGUCUAGCAAAAUGUUUAGUUUUUAUCACGAUAUGUACGCUACUUAUCUCUGCCGAUACAGAUUCAAAAGUUUCUAGUGAUUCCAAGAGUUGUGGUGCCGAAGAAGAUGGGGAAAAAUCCGGGAAAGACUGUGGUUGCUCUGCUCUCAAUCGACAAAAAAAUGAAGAUGAAGACGUCGGCAGCGCCUCGAAGAAAUACACUGCUGAGUUUAAUAACGGAAAUCAAGAAGAGAACGAGCAAUCCGCAACGAAUCAAUUUGUUCGGACUAACCAAAUGGCUUUUGUGAAAGGUGGAACAUUUACCAUGGGAACAGAUGAGCCAGUCAUUUAUGCAGACGGUGAAAGUCCUGCCAGACUCGUUACUUUGACAUCUUUUUAUUUUGAUGCGUACGAAACGAGUAAUGCCGAGUUUGACUUGUUUGUGAGAAAGACGGGUUAUGUUACAGAGGCAGAACAAUUUGGAGAUUCUUUUGUGCUCGAGAGCAGAAUUAGUGAAGAAGUGAAGAAGGACAUCAGUCAGGCUGUUGCCGCUGCUCCGUGGUGGUUACCAGUGAAAGGUGCUGACUGGCGGCAUCCGGAAGGACCAGACACCGACAUAAAUGACAGAAUGGACCACCCUGUCAUCCACAUCUCCUGGAAUGAUGCCAGCGAGUUUUGCCGCUGGGCCGGGAAGAGGUUACCUACGGAGGCUGAAUGGGAGUAUGCUGCUAGGGGAGGACUCAAGGGAAGACUCCACCCAUGGGGUAACAAAGAACUGCCUAAAGGGGAGCACCGGAUGAACAUAUGGCAGGGGGAGUUUCCUAUCACCAACACGGCUGAAGAUGGCUACGAAGGCACAUGUCCAGUUACGGCCUUUGCGCCGAAUGGUUACGGACUCUACAACACAGUUGGUAAUGUGUGGGAAUGGACAUCAGACUGGUGGACGAACAGACACAGUGCGGAACCACAGGAAAACCCAAAAGGUCCCGAUAAUGGCACGGACAAAGUGAAGAAAGGUGGUUCCUACAUGUGUCACAAGUCCUACUGCUACCGAUACCGCUGUGCAGCAAGAAGCCAGAAUAGCGUAGACAGUUCAGCAGCAAACCUUGGAUUUAGAUGUGCGGCUGAUAAACUGCCAGAGGGUGUGGAGUGCACAAACUGUUGAAUUGCCAGGGGGGUACGUUCAACAUUAAAAAAGUGCCUUCUGGAAUCAAGUACUUUUCAGGCUUGUAGAAACAAUAGCCUUAAACAAAGUUUUAAAGCAACAGUCUGAUAAUGUUAAACAGCUUAGCAAAAAUUAAAAGUGCUAAGCAAAAUCUUGUGAUAAUUAAUUUCAAACCAGUUGCAAGAAUGAUGCAUAACACAACAUCAUAACUUGUAGGUAAUAUUUUGUUGAAAUCAUUUCUGUGGAAAUCAUUUCUGUGCCCAUUGAUUACAUUUUUGUGUGUUUUGCCAGGAAGUGAAAUCAAGUUGUUCGCAACUGACAUGUGACAUCAAUUGGAAAUUAUCAUGGCAGUCUAACAUAUUGGAAAAAUCAGUCAGUGUUUUUCUAAAGGCUUUAGCAUGAAAUGCAAACCAUGUUUAGUCCUAAACCUCCUAAAUCCUUCAAAAGUCGCCAGGUUUUGAGAUUUGGGAGGAUUUUGGGAUUUGUAGGAUGUGGGGGGAUUUUGUAGGAUUUGGGGUGGAUUUAGUCCUAAACCUCCUAAAUCCUUCAAAAGUCGCCAGGUUUUGAGAUUUGGGAGGAUUUGGGGAUUUUGUAGGAUAUGGGGGGAUUUUGUACGAUAUGGGGGGAUUUUGUAGUUUGGGGGGGAUUUUGUAGGAUUUGGGGUGGAUUUUAUAGGAUCUGGGAAGGUAGAGUGCCCAGCUUCGGUUACUUUACACUGGGCUUUACACUGAGUGAUUUACUAGGAACCUUCCUCACUCUUGCAAACUCCAACACCGCAUGGUAAACUGUACUCAGAAACUGUUGGACUCUGAUUAUUGGUGGUAUGCCUAACCAAGCAUAAUCAGAUUACUAGUGUCAACUGUCAAGCAUAAUCAGUUUACUAGUGCAGUACUCUAACAGAUUCAAACAAGCCCUGGUGUUGGUGUUUGACUGGAUUGGGAUUGUGAGGGUUAAUUUAAAGAAUGUAUCGCUGGUUUUCUGAAAAGUGGUUGAUUUUGAAAGGUUCAGAAAAGCCCAAGCAAAUAUGCCUGAAUAGGUUUUUUUUUUAAAUAAAAUGAAGCAAAAAGUGAGAUUGGUAUUUAAAGUAUUAUUAGGCAUUCUUUACUAUGGUACACUGCAGGAUGAACCUGGGGAAAAAAAACCUUUAUACACUUUAGAAAAAAACCUUACAAGGCAAAUGUAUUAUACACACACAUAAAUAAUAAUAAUAAUAAUAAACAAUCAUCAUCGACUGUAAACAUAGGAACCUGGUUUGCGUCUCGUAUCUCAAAAAACUAUCUAUAAAAUCAUCUCCACAAUUAUUACACUUUGAAAAUUGAAACACAAAAAUUAAAAUUUACGACUAUAAAGUACAAUACACUGAUAAUCCUUUCAUUUAAAAAAAGACAUGGAACAUUUUCAUAGGUCAAAAACUUGAAAGUAUACUUUAGUGUCGAUUGGUGCAUUUCAGCACCCCCUCCCCUUGUAAUCUGUGUUUUGGAACUUCAAGAUGCUCGGUGAUUUUGCUUUAAACAGAAACCAUACUGAGGGUUUGUUUUAUUGGUUUUGCAGGUAAAAUCUAAAAACUUAACAUGAUUUACUUUUUAAAUUCUUAAUCCAUGUGCAAUUCAUUUAAACUUAAAUGUAACAAUCAAUGGGACUGUACAUUUUGUUUUUUUAAAUGCAAGUUUUUUUAAAAAUCCUUCAGAAUCAGGAUCCAAGUGUCUUUUUUGCUCUUGUUCAACAAAAACCUUGUUUUAUUCCCGAAUUUACGUAAUAUUACAAAAGUGACUUCACUGUUAGUUUAAUCACAGACCAUUUACAAUGGUCCGUGGUUUAAUGGCAGUAAACUCUGUUACCUUUUUUCGCAUAAACUCAGAAGUUGUCCCCAUAUUUUAGUCAUGCCGAACAUAACUGCAAGAUCAUCUUUUUCCCCCAGUACUUUAUCAUUUCUGAUUACAUUCCACGAAAUCUUCAAUAAAUUUGAUUGGUAUCCAAAAACAUGAACUUUAGUUCUUUCCACGCAGUAGUUUUCCUCUUAGUUUUUUUCUCUCCACUUUUAGUAAUUAUUUCCCUUUUCUCAAGUGGGUGACAAGAGACAGAGUUUAACUAAGAAUCAAAUCAAUACCAUCAGUGUGGUCCCCCUUUUUUUUUUUUAGUGAUGUUUGACAUCAAUAAAAGUCCAGUGUGUAAUCUCUGUGACAAUUGUCAA